GCUCAUCUUGUUGUGGAGGCCAUAAUAUAGCAGCUCGCUGCGGUCAUUUUUUUGCUUUUUUUCACCCAGUAAGUAAGAGCGCCACCAGGCGAAGUACCAUGAUUGAUGGCCACAAGCAACUGACUCCUAAAAACUAAGAAAUAUAUAAGUAAGUACUUUUUGCACCGCAGUUAGCACAACGCAUCUCGUCGUCAUCUAUUUUUCGACUUCACACCUGGGAUUAUCUUCUGUUUGAGUUCAUGCAGCGACAUUGCUCAGCCUCAGCCUCAGGAAACAUUCCUCAUGCGCUCAGCAUCAUCAUCUGUAUCUCUGCCGCGACAUUUAGAUUUAUUGAUGAUUCGGGCGCUUCUUGACAGUACCAGUAGUUCUAGUUCUAUGAAUAGCAUCUUCUUCGCACGGCCAACUCGAGUAGCCGUGUCGUCCUGGAUACCAUUAUUUUCCAGAGGAGCUACGAGGUGCAUUUUCUACCCGACGAUGUCAUACGUGCUCGCCACAACAGCCGUGAUUUCAUCCAUAAGAUUGCCCGGAAUGGCGACGGCGUCGGUAGUUUCGCCGGACGAAGGACAACCUGCAGCAGGUGUUGCCGCAAGGACCGAAGUACAAGUAGUCGUCGAGAGCAGCCGUUCCGCUGAACACUUGUCUAAAAAUGUAGUAUUGGACCGAAGCGAUAGCGAGAGGGAAAUAAAGUCCCCGGUGCUUGCCCUACCUGGUCUUGGUGAUGAACAGGCAGGAGCUCAUAGGGACACAUCAACUACAACUCCAGCGCCGACAGUUUUGGAAGUCAACGGGGAGCGGAUUACCUUGGACUCCCUAGGACCCGUCAUCCUGAAUGAAGAUGGAACGUUGGCGCGCAUAACGAACUGGCAUGAGAUGAUGGAACACGAGCAAACUAGCACUCUUCGCAUCAUCGCCAAGAGGAACGCCAAGCGCAGACAGAAGUUGUUGCAGCAACAAGAGCAGCAAAAUAAUGCCCAGACGAAGAUGCAACCCCAAGUCCAAAUAGAUUCGCAAACAAAGGCCCAAGAUGAAAAGGAAAGAAACACGACGAUGGCGACGAGCGCGGAUCUGUGACUUUGAUGAGCAGCGGAAGACUAUAUCAGAAGCGAACUGAUACUCAACAUGAUAAGUCCAGGUGCGCUUGUGGCAUCCAAAUAUUUACAAAUGGAAAUGCUCCUCGAUGGAGUUUCAGUCUCUCGCAAGUAGAACAAAUGGAAGCUUGGGCUUGCGCCACUGAAAGAAAGCUGACCACGGCUGCGUCGACUUAUCGUGCCACAUUGUUUUGUUCAUACGACAACAAUCUUGCCACUUUUAUAUUCGACGAAGUUCAGCAAUCGAGGACUUGAUGCUAGACCAAGACUCAUAACUUUGUGACCAUGAUAGCGAAGGACCGUCGUGCCAUGAUGAAAAGCGUUCUCCCAACAUGCUGCAUGUACUUUUUGUGAC